ACUGUUUGAGUUGUGGAAAGAGUUUGUGCCUUCUGCUGUGGUGGAAGAUGACUAUGUCAUCACCAUUGAAACACUCAUCCUUGUAGAGUCAUCUCUUGGGAUAAUAGUCCACACCUUGGGGCAUAAAGUGACCCAUUUGUGCUACCUCACUGCUGGUGGGCAGGAUCCUUAUGCCAUUGUCUCCUUCCUCCACCAAAGCCAGAAGACAGUGGUGAUCAAGAACACCCUGAACCCCACCUGGGACCAGACGCUCAUCUUCUAUGAGAUAGAGAUCUUUGGAGACCCCCAGAAUGUGUCUGACUCCCCUCCCAACAUCGUGGUGGAGAUAUAUGACCAUGACACCUAUGGUGCAGAUGAGUUCAUGGGGCGCUGCAUUUGCAAGCCCAGCCUGGCGCGUUCUCCGCGGCUCUCCUGGCAUCCUGUCAUCAAGGCCAACAGAAACGUUGGGGAGCUGCUGGCUGCCUUUGAGCUGAUUCAGAGGGAGAAGCCAGCUGUCCAUCACAUCCCUGGCUUCGAGAGUGAGCUAUCCUCCAGCCUGGAUGAGUCUGCAGACUCUGACCUGCCAUACCCCCCACCCCAGAGGGAGCCCAACAUUUACAUGGUCCCUCAAGGAAUCAAACCAGUUCUGCAGCGCACGGCCAUUGAGAUCCUUGCUUGGGGCCUGAGGAACCUCAAGAGUUACCAACUGGCCAGUGUCACCUCACCCAGUCUGCUGGUGGAAUGUGGAGGUCAGCUUGUGCAAUCCUGUGUAAUCAAGAACGUCAAGAAGAACCCCAACUUUGAUGUCUGCGUGCUCUUCAUGGAAGUGCGUUUACCCAAGGAGAGCCUGUACAGCCCCCCCAUCAUCGUCAAGAUCAUCGACAACAGGCCGUUUGGCCGAAGGCCCGUGGUGGGACAGUGCACCAUCCGCUCCUUGGAGGACUUCUACUGUGAUCCCUACCGAGAAGAGACAGAUGGUCCCCAGGAGCACUCAGAUGAUGUGAGCCUCACGCCCAGGGAUGACGUCCUGAUUGACAUCGAUGACAAGGAGCCACUUAUUCCUGUCCAG